UCUCUUCCUCUCCAUGCCUGUGCGGUGCGCUCAGCAGCGCAAUAGUUAACCUGCGCCGGAUGCGCCGUCGCUCCGAGCAGCAGACCUCUACAGUCCGAAGAUGGCGUCGGAGGGAGCCAGCGGAGAGCAGCCUCCUCCGGGACAAACACUGGCCACCGCCGGGCUGGGGACCGUCGACACGAAAUGUGAGUUCAACAUGGAUAACCUGAGCAAGCCAGAGCUGCUCACUCUGCUGAGUAUCAUGGAAGGAGAGCUGGAGGCCCGUGACCUGGUCAUAGAGGCCCUGAGGGCUCAGAGGAAGGAGGUGUUUCUCCAGGAGCGAUACGGUCACUACAGCCUGACCGACCCCUUCCUGGCCCUUCAGAGGGACUUUGAGUGUGGGGUCCCUGGAGGGGACAAGGAGCGGCGGCCCCUCGGCUCCAGUCCCAUCUCCGUCCUGGAGGCCGUCAUGGCUCACUGCAGGAAGAUGCAGGAGCGAAUGUCGGCCCAGCUGGCCGCCGCCGAGAGUCGCCAGAAGAGGCUGGAGAUGGAGAAGCUGCAGCUCCAGAGUCUGGAGCAGGAUCACCGCAAGCUGACGGCGCAGCUGAAGGACGAGCGCGAGAAGAACAAGCACAUCGUCAUGAUGCUGGUGCGCGAGUGCAAGCAGCUGGCCACGCGGGUGGUGGAGGAGUCGCAGCGCUUCGACGAGCUCCAGGCGCGCCUCGACGAGGAGGGCCGCACCUCCGGGCGCCUGCAGGAGGAGCUGAGCGCCGAGCGGCAGCGCGGGCAGCAGAUGGAGGCCAAGAUGGAGAAGCAGCUGUCGGAGUUCGACACGGAGCGGGAGCAGCUGCGCGCCAGGCUCGGCCGCGAGGAGGUCGAGAGCCAGAGUCUACGGCAGCAGGUGGAGCAGCUCAGGACUGAACAGGGCGAAGGGAAGGAUGGCGCCACCGCUGCCGCCGCCCAGCCUGCUGCUGAUGCUGCUGACGGAGCAGAACCCGCCGCUGCCGCCGUCAUCACACCACCCAAACCUAAAGCUGUGACUUCUGUUUCCGUAGCCACAGAGCCCAUCAGCUCUCGAACAGCGUCUUGCCAAACGGACCCGCCGCCCACCGAGGUGGAGGGUCCCAAGAAGAACCCGCUCACCGUCCCCGUCAAACCGACCCCCGCCAACUACGUGGGCCUGAGUCUGCCAAAGACGGGCGGCCGGGGGAUCGUCCACAGCAGCUCCGGAGGACUGACGCAGACGGAGAACGGCUCGGAGGGCCAGGCCCCGCACGGCGUGCCCAGCGGGGUCAGCCCCCGUGUCCAGGCGGCCCGCUACAAGUUCCAGGAACAGGACCAAAACGGCACGGCGUCCCAGAGCCCUCCGGCCCGUGACCUCUCCCCGACCCCCGCCAACCGCGACAACUUCGCCGCCAAGCAGCAAGCGCGACACACCGUCACGCAGGUCCUCUCGCGCUUCACCAGCCCUCGCGGGGGCGGCGGACCGCUGCGUCCCGGUCUGCCCCACUCCGCCUCGGAGGGAGGCCCUUUUCGCCGCCUGGGCCACCCCAUCGGCCUCAAGUCGCCCACGGUGGCCAGGAUCGACCGGGGACCCCCACCUAUCCCUCCCAAAAAGCCGGGGCUCUCCCAGACCCCCUCUCCUCCUCAUCCGCCCAUCAAGGGGUUGGGGGACAGCGGCCGCUCCCAGGGGGCGGGGCUAAAACCGGCCACGCCCCAGCUGCCGCCAAAACCCGCCCUGGACCUGGUCCCAGCCCUGACGGCCUCUCAGGUGGGUGACUGCCCCCAUUCCCGCUCAGGCCGGGGCCCUCAGCGUCAGCCGGCGGCAGCAUGUGCAGAGUGCCCCCCGUCAUCAGUAGCCCCUCCUCCAUACACCCCCUCCACCUCCUCUUCCAUUAGUGCUCCAUCCUCCCGUAGCCCCCGAGCCUCAGCGGGCAGCCCCCUGGCAACAGCAUCAGGCUGGUGUCCCUCCGUAGUCUCCUCUCUCAGCGGCGGAGGGCCUGCUGCCCUGGACGGCGGGCGCUCCCUGCUCCCCCAAGCUGCUUCCCAGGGAAAUGUCACUUUAUUGUCAAUGCUGCUUAACCAACCAGACCCGACCACCAUCACCACCACUACUACCACUACCACUACUACAACCACCACCAACAACUCCACGUCCACCGACACCACCUCUACCAUGGAGGACAAGCCCAAUCUACUCGACCAAGACCACCACCUCUACCACAACCACAACCAAACCUCUGCAUUGUUUGCUGCUGCUCAGAAUGGACACACAGAAUGUGUGAAGCUGCUGCUGUCAUCGGGAACGCCUGCUGACGUCUCGGACGAAAACGGAUUCACACCUUUACAUUUUGCUGCCGCCCACGGCCACAGCAGCUGUGUGGAGGUGCUGCUGUCUGCUGGAGCUGCUGUGGACUCGGCGGCGGCGGAGGGGGGGCAGACCUCCCUCCUCCUGGCCUGCGAGGCGGGGGGGCUGAACUGCGUCCGCAUCCUGCUGAGCGCCGGAGCCGAUCGCUCACGAACCACCACGGACGGCUGCACGGCUCUCCACGCGGCCGUGCGCUCCGGCCACGUGGACACGCUGCGUCUCCUCCUCUGCCACCCGACUCGGGGCAACCCCACCGUGACCUCUGACCUCCCCGCCACACUGACGCUGCCCGCCGCCCUGCUGAACCAGGCCAACAGCGACGGCUGGACGGCUGCACACAUGGCUGCUGCCCUGGGCCUCAAGGAGUGUCUGGAGGUGCUGUGCAGCCACAGUGAACAGGACAUCGAGAGGAGAGACAAGUGUAAUCGCACGAUUCAUGACGUGGCCACUGAUGACUGCAAAGAUCUACUGGAAAACCUCCACCUGUACCGGGUCCUGGUGCGUCUCCAGUGCUCAGGUGGAGGAGGAGCGGGGUCCAUGUGUCCCGUGGAGGCGCUAGAGGAGGAGGCCAACGGCGUCACCAGCAGCCAGUCGGUGCUGGGCCGAGUGUCCAUCGACCGGUCGACGCGUUGGUGCAAGCUGGCCUCCGCCCUCGGCCACGCCUUCACCUCCUACCUCCACACCGUCUGUGGGGAGUCUCAGACGGCCGGGGAGGAGGCGCAGCGCCCGCCGCUCGGCCUCAGCUCCGCCAGUAUCGCCUCCAUCCUUAUAGGAGACACCGAGUGGUUACCCGAUCAGGAGCUGCCUUUAUCCCCCUGGGACCUGGUCCGAAAGCCUCUCAGCCAGAGCAUCACCCUCCGCCUCAAAGGUCUGUCUGAGUCGUGUCUGGAUGAGCUGGCUCUGGAACACCUCUUCCCGCUGCCGCUGCUGCACAACUACGUCCGCCUGGUGGAACAGUACGGGAACCUCAUCUUUCACGGGCUCGAGGGCAGCUGUCAGGAAUACAUCGCCAAUCUGGUGGCCCGCUGCAUCAAGUCCAAGCAUGAGAUGGGCGGGCUCGGAUGUGACGUGGUGAGGGUGGAGGUGGACGAGAGCCUGACCAAAGAGCAGCUGCUGGAGACUUUCAUCACCUGUGGUUUCCUGGUUCCAGCGAUGGGGUCAGGGGUCGGGCUGCCAGGCGGUCACACUGGUCACUGUGUGGUGGUGUUGCUGGAAGGACUGGAGAAGGCUUCAUCCCUAACAGGGCUGCUGGGAGACCUCUGCCACAGUCUGGACAACCGGGGCUCUGGUUCACCGCUGGUUCUCAACACCGGUCCACACCGCUUUUGCGAAGGCAGCUUCCUGAUUGCGACGCUGUCAAAGCCCCGCCUCCAGGGAUCAGAGCUCCGCCUGCAGCAGCAUUUCCGCUGGGUGACCCUGCGCUGGGAUCAGGAGCCGCUGCACGGCCUGCUGGGAAGACACCUCCGUAGAAAACUGCUUCAUAAGAUGGGGUCUGGAGUUUGGUCACCUGAUGGCGUCAUGGAGCGCUGUGUGUUGUGGGUGAGUCUGGUUUGGCAGCAGCUCAACGCCUGUUUGUCCCGUCUGGGUACCCAUGAGGCUUUGCUGGGCCCGCAGCUCUUCCUGUCCUGCCCUGUGGUCCCGAACAACACGCAGGCAGUCGUCAGGUGGUUGGCUCGGCUCUGGAACGCCGUGGUCGUCCCCCGCGUGGAGGAAGCCAUCAUCUCGCGGGUAACAGCCAAGCGCUGCUCCUCCUCCUCCUCCUCCAGCACCUCCUCCUCUUCCUCAUCGCCGUCGACGCAGCGAUCGUCUCCUAGCAACUGCGGCCUUACUGCCGGGCAGCAGGCUGUGGUGAAAGCCGCCCUCAGCAUCCUGGUCAACAAGUCUGUCCUCCAAGGCUGCCCUCUGCCUCGACACGAGAUUGACAGGUAUCUUCUGGAGUUUCGAGGCGGGACCUUCCCUCUGUCGGCCAUCGGCUCCUAUAAAGGAAGCGGUAACGGAGGAGGUAGGAAGGGACGGGACAGCGGCAAGUUGAGACGAUCCAACACCAGUCCUCGGAAGAAGGGAAGCCCCGCCCUGAGCUGGAGCUCUGGAGGUUCCUUCAGAGAGGGUUCACUGUCCAGCACUGAUGUCAGCUUCAUCGCCAACGGCAACGCUCAGAGGGAGCCUGUAGGUCUGUCUGUGUUCUCUGACGACGAGACGGAUUUAAUCAGAGAGCUGCAGACUUUGUGCUCCAGCAAGUCAGAGCCGGACAUCAGCAAGAUCUCUCGGGCCAAAGACGACCUGAUCCUGUUCUCCAGUUCUCCCAGUGACGGGGCGCCCCCCCACACGGCCGAGCAGGAAACCGCCGUCCAGCAGCAAGCGCAGACGCUUGUCGUCCAUCAGUCCAGCAGCAGCAGCCAGACGUCCGUCCAGAGCAGCGACCGGCGUUCGGGCUCCCGCGCCAAAUCGCAUCUCCCCGUCCCGAGCAGCAGGGGGCAGCAGACUCGAGCCUCCACCGUCGCAUCCUCCACCUCAACCUCCGCCUCCACCAGCAGCCGAACCCAGACGCCCUCCAGCCGCAGCAGAAACUCCACCAACACCAACAGCAGCAGAACGAAGCCGAUUCCUCCAGGCAGCAGCAGCAACAACAACUACGACUACCGCAACAGCAUCAACGAGAACAACCAAUCACACGAGGACAUCUGGAUCCUCCACAGAGACCUGCAUGAAAACAACAACAACAGCAAAUAGACUCCUCCUCCUCCUAUCUGACCCCGCCUCCACCUCACAUGAGUCCACCUCCACCUCCUAUCUGACUCCACCCCCACCUCCUAUCUGACUCCACCUCCUAUCUGACUCCGCCUCCUCCUCCUAUCUGACUCCACCUCCUCUGACUCCACCUCCUCCUCCUAUCUGACUCCACCUCCUCUGACUCCACCUCCUAUCUGACUCCACCUCAUCUGACUCCACCUCCUCUGACUCCACCUCCUAUCUGACUCCACCUCCUCUGACUCCGCCUCCACCUCCUAUCUGACUCCACCUCCUCUGACUCCACCUCCACCUCCUAUCUGACUCCGCCUCCUCCUCCUAUCUGACUCCACCUCCUCUGACUCCACCUC